CAAUAAUACAGUUCCACACUUCCACGCUUCCAACUAAUUUUGAAGGGAAAAAGAAAGAAGAAAGACUUGCCCUGUGUAAUAUAUCAUUCCACUUCCAGAAGAAUCUAUCAGCAUGUGCGAUAUAUUAACCAGCUACGAGUCCAGUACUCACUCUGGGGCUAGUUUCGCCUUUGCUGCACUCAAAACAGAAUCAAGACUGGAACUAAACUCUUGGCUGUUAAUGAUCGUCUGUGAGCGUUCUAACUGUGCCUCACAACCGCGACCCAAGGCAUCCCAGUCAUAGUCACCAGCCCAAUCAAGGUUCUUGGUCGCCGCUGCCAAUUUAGCUAAUGUGACUUGGCCCUCGUUCAGAACAGCCCACUGAAAGAUGCACUGGUUCAAAACAGCCACGAGUUCGGCGUCAUUUCCACCUUGGAGCUGGAUAAGUACUGAUAUUUUAUUGUGGAUUGGAAAAUAGUUGAUAGCUUACCAGCUGAGAGCAAAAUGACCUGUUGAUUUGAAUCAAUACGAGGGAUUUGGUUUUCUGUUACAUCAGAAGUGACCGCUCCAGAGCAAGACUGAAACUGGAAUUUUCUCGUGGAAGGGUCUCCCAGCCUGCUGUCAGUAUUGAUGAGAUAGGGAUACGAGUGGUCGUAGCGACUGCAAGCCCAGUCUUUUCAGAGUAUUAGCAAUAAAUCAGCUAUUCUUGAGAAUA